GUCUCUCACUCCGUGAGACACAGACGGCAGCUUUCCGAGCGAACCCGGCACCAGCUGUAGCGGCGCCACCACAACUGCUAUCGCCAGGACAAGCCCCAGGCACUCGAGGGAAGAGGAUACCCAAGAGCCCCGUUCCUCUCUCUCUGCACGGUCCUCGGAGUGGACCCGGCAGCCCCGGGUGCCCGCCGACCCCCUUUGCAAGCACUUGGUGGGGUGUGCCAGGACUUGGGUCGCAGCUCGGGAAGAGCCCGGGAAGGAGGCGGCGGCGGGCCCGGAGCGAGGGUGUGAAGCCAGGACUGGGCAGCAAGCCGGAGAGCCCUGCGCUGGGAGGAGGCGGCCGGAGCCGCGGGUACCUCCCCGCUUCGUCGCUUGGAAGGCGGCACCGCCUCCCGGGCCCGGGCUGCUCGGCCGGGUCCUCUGCGUGUUCCCGGGCCCGGAGCCCGCGCACUAUGUGCGGGGCAGCGUUCUGAGAGCCAGCCGCCGCCGCCGCCUCCGCAGCGAUGAUUCCUCCCGAGCCUCCACAGCCCCAGCUGCAGCCGCCACCGCCGCCGGCCCCGCCGAACCAUGUGGUGACCACCAUAGAGAACCUGCCAGCGGAGGGCAGCGGGAGCCUGUCCGCCUCCUCCCGGGCUGGCAUGCGCCAGAGGAUCCGCAAAGUGCUGAACAGGGAAAUGUUAAUCUCUGUGGCAUUGGGCCAAGUGUUAUCCCUUCUUGUUUGUGGAAUUGGUUUGACCAGCAAGUACCUGGCAGAAGAUUUUCAUGCCAACACACCAGUCUUCCAGAGCUUUCUGAACUACAUCCUCCUCUUCUUGGUCUACACCACUACCCUAGCUGUCAGACAAGGAGAAGAAAACCUCCUGGCAAUUUUACGACGAAGAUGGUGGAAGUACAUGAUCCUUGGACUUAUAGACUUGGAAGCUAAUUACCUGGUGGUCAAGGCUUACCAGUACACGACUCUGACAAGUGUCCAGCUCCUGGACUGUUUUGUGAUCCCCGUGGUGAUUUUGCUCUCCUGGUUUUUUCUGCUGAUCCGGUACAAGGCUGUACAUUUCAUCGGCAUCGUGGUCUGCAUCCUGGGAAUGGGCUGCAUGGUGGGAGCUGAUGUGCUUGUGGGAAGGCACCAGGGAGCAGGGGAGAAUAAGCUAGUAGGGGACCUCCUGGUCUUAGGAGGAGCCACACUGUAUGGAAUCUCUAACGUCUGGGAAGAAUCCAUCAUCCGAACUCUGAGCCGAGUGGAGUUCCUGGGAAUGAUUGGUCUCUUUGGUGCAUUUUUCAGUGGAAUUCAAUUAGCCAUCAUGGAACACAAGGAACUGUUAAAGGUGCCCUGGGAUUGGCAAAUAGGGCUGCUCUAUGUGGGCUUUAGUGCCUGCAUGUUCGGUCUCUACAGCUUUAUGCCAGUUGUCAUAAAGAAAACAAGCGCCACCUCGGUCAACCUUUCUCUUCUCACAGCGGAUCUCUACAGCCUGUUCUGCGGACUGUUUCUCUUCCACUAUAAGUUUUCAGGACUUUACCUCCUGUCUUUCUUCACUAUCCUCAUCGGGCUGGUGCUCUACUCCUCCACCUCCACGUACAUAGCCCAGGAUCCCCGAGUGUACAAGCAGUUCCGUAAUCCUUCAGGACCUGUUGUGGACUUAGCUAGCACAGCUCAGGUGGAGCCUUCCGUCACCUACACCAGCCUGGGCCAGGAGACCGAAGAAGAGCCCCAUGUACGUGUGGCCUAGGGUGAGGCCUGCCCCGCCCACUGAGGACAACCCAGAGGCCAUGCGUGCACCCAUCAUCUCUGUAUUGUACAUAGAGAAAGGUAUUUAGGCGGUGCAGUUUCACAGGUGGACUGCAAGGUAGCUAACCCUCCUUUUGUAAAAGGAUCAAGCUGAAAAUCCCUGGAGACACAGGCUUCAUUCAAUCCACCUGACUCAGAGAGAGGCUUUGGUAGUAUGUAUCCUGACCCAUCCCCACCCCUGCAUUAAUUACUGUGAAAAUUUUUGAAUCAAAACCAAGUAUUAUUGUUACUAUGAUUUUUAUUAUUAAUUGUUACUGUUAUUACACGGACUUUCAGAAGAAGGAUUUUUUUAUUCCUGAUGGAAAUUGUUGCAAGACCUUCACGCAGUCAACAUAAACCCCACUUUUCUAAGGCACGUCACUUUUUAAGAACCAUACUUUUGUUUUGUUUGUUUUGCACAGACUAUAUGAGUGAUGCAUGCCACAGAUGCCCUGCCCUUCAGAAGUUUCCUCAUCCCGGUGACCUUGUGGUUCAUGGUUCCCUCUGUCACCUGUUGGAUUGCCUGCUCAAUAAGGAUUUUGUGCUGUGACCCUGUGGGGAGGGGAAACUGAUCGUAUAAUUCUCUAUUCUAGGAAUAGAUAUAAAACAAACAUUUUAGCCUUUUCGUAUUUUAUUUUCUGCUUAUUCCAGGUCAUUGGCUUUUUGUAGGGCCAGGAGAGUCAUCUCAUCAAGCCCCAUGAUUACAGGAAAAGGACUCUCCCAGUUUUGUAGCCUAAAGGAACCCUAUAUAUAAAAUCAUUCAUUUUUAGGGUUAGAUGUUUUCCUUUUUUUUUCUGUUUUUCUCCAUAUCUCUCCCCUCAAAAAAUUGGUUUUUCUUCUUAUUUUUUUCUUAAUAAUGUCAUGGAAAUUAGUCAAGGCACUGGAAAAGCCAUGAUCUCUGCCCUCUUAGUUACCUAUACCUUUCUGGAUGUAUACCACCAUGGAAAUUAUCUUUAUUGUGGAGGAUCACUGUUUAUGGCACCUUUGGGAGUCAAGGUACUAGUAUGGAGAAAUCUCUGUUAGUAGCUCAUGUUCUGGUUACUUAGUAGUGAUAAAGAUGACACCAAUGAGAAGUCUGACGUCUUGGUCACACUUGAUACCCAUCUAGUAUAAGGAUGUAAGGAUAAGCAUCCCUACACAGAAAGAAUGCCACAGCGUCCCAGCCCAGUAAAGCUUAAUAUAUCGCUGCUUUAAUCAGUUCCACUGUCCUCAAGAAUGUUUUCCCCCCUCCAAACACAGGAAAUCAAGAAUCACCACAGACCUUUAUAAUGUAAAAUACAUUCCACGUGUCAGCGUGGAAGUGCUCUGUAGCUUGGCUGACUUCAAUACCAUUCAAAGGGAUCCUCGAUGGAGUUACAGGGUUUGUAUAAAUGUUUCUGAAAUUUGAGGCCAUUGAAGUCAACAUAUGUUAAGCAAGCAAGCAAAACAAAACACCAGUGGUGGUGGUGGGCUUCUCAUGAAGUAAGAACAGAUCACAAAGUAGGGCCUGAAUAAGGCCUAACCAUGGCAGGCAGAAGGCCUCAGGCUGUCUGCCAGCAGGCACCUGAAGAGUCGUCAUGACCCACUUUAAUAAAUCUAAGAACAACACAUAUACAAAAUAAGUAACUCAGUUUAGAAUUUUUUUCCCGUUAAAGACUAUAACGUUUCCUCUAAAGUAUUGUUUGGUACUGAUCCAGGAGAUAGAAAACAAAGUUGAUAGGCAGAUUUUGUACCCGUUUAGCUGCUUUGGAAACAGGUUUUUCUUUACUGGUGUGGGGUGGGAAGCGGGGAGAAAGGUUUAUGCUAAAGCUACAUGUUACAUCAUAAUAACCUUGCCAACAUCUGCUCUCUGCUAUCUUUUAAGCCAAUUAAAUACCUUUCUCUGAAUAUUUUUGUCCAUUCAGAUCUGAAGACCUUUAAAGACUGUGGUUUUGUUUUUAUGUUUACAUUCCUUUGGUUUGCAUAAUUUACUUGAUUUAUUGCAUUUUUAGUAUUUAUUUUAAGCCAAAUGUCUUUGUCUUUUUGAUUCAUUUUUUUAUGACACUAAUUUGUAGACACUCGGUAAACCCUUAGGAGAAACAAGAGGCUAAAAUUAUUUCCAAGUCCAUUCAGCGAGCUGGGAAUAUUUUUAAAAUUCAAUUUUGAGAAGGUUUGCAAUUAACUGAUGGCUGAAGGUUGCCAUCUGCACCAUUUUAUAGGAUGUUUUAAUUGCCUCCAUUGUAUGAAAACCAAGUGUGAAUAUCAAGACGAACUCACUGUACACUUUUUGUCAUCGGAUGUCCUUGUGAACAGACACUUACACCACUGAGUUACCUCACCUGUCUUGGUUUACCUGCAUUCAUAAAGCCGGUAACAUUGGCUUGUCCAAGACCAGGAGUUCAGGAUUGAUCCUUAAGGAAGAAAGACAAAAAGUAACAAAGAAAAAUGUUUUCAGUAUGAAAAAAUCGGUGGUGUGAGAGUGGGGUGGGAAGUGGGAAUAGGGUAAUAUUAACUGUAGCGGUUUUAGUUUCUGAGAUCCUGUAACCUCAGUAGACACCAGCAAGAAUUUCGUCAUUUUAAUCUACCACUCUUCUCUCCUCCAUGAAUGAGAGCAGUCCUCUGUACAAAAGUCGGUAAGAAGCAAACCAUCGCUCUCUUAAACCCUGCCAGAGAGGAGUGAUGGUUUCUACUGUCAAUGGAAACUUGCCCUGGGGACAGAGCUUGCCUUGGUCAGACCUCCUCACUGCUUCAAACAUAUCCAGGUAGACCAAGCAAUGGACUGCUUUGUACCACUGUGUCCCAUGAAAAUGUCUCAAUGUUUAGUUUAGGUAUUGCUAACUUGUGCUAUUAACCUUUGGACAAGCUUGUAGGACUGUUUGUUUGAGCUUUAUUUUGAUUUGUAACCAUUGGUUAGUCCCCAGCUAGCUAUCAGUACAGUUUUUACCCCAUGGGUAGGAGUCAAUCUUCACACCACAUACAAAGCACACUAAUCCUGACACCACAAUGGAGAAUAUGAACCAAAAUAUUAAAAAAGAAAAAGAAAAAAAAAAAAAAGAACUUUACACUGGGAAGCUGAACAAGCAAUCUGCCUUUUCUACUUGCAUGCUCCCCCAUGGACUGGCUGUGGCUAUGUAACACCUGUACAAUGUUUUCAAAUAAAAAUAAACGCUUCACGAAAGCACCACGCUCCUGGCUCUCUCGUGUGUUUGACUGCACUACGGCAA